AAGGUAUCGAAUGUUAAUAUUAUCUCAGUGGAAGAUUACAUUGUGCUUCUUUUUCCUCACCUCGUGACUAGAAUUGGAACGCGCCAAAGAGAGCUGGACGGAUGGUAGCCAAUCAGAACGCGGGUUAUUGGGAGCUGCUGCCAGUCCGGUAGCGGAAAGUGACAUUGUGGGGGUACUGAAGGGCUUCGACGGCUGCGGCCGGGAUGAUGGGGUCUUUGGGCCGAAUGAGCGCUGGGUUGCGCUUUGCCGCCCGGGUCCUUCGCGCCAGAAGCGGUCAAGGCACGACCUCAGGAGUCCGGCGCGCAAGUGGAGAUGUACAUAUUCAGCCUCAGUAUCGUGCAUUCCCACAGCCAAGUCGGGCCAAUGUGAUAAAGGGUGAAAUUCUCAGUGGCUUCAUGUGGUUCUGGAUCCUGUGGCACUUCUGGCAUGAACCUGAGGCUGUUCUGGGUCACUUCCCUUAUCCAGAUCCCUUUAAGUGGACAGAUGAAGAGCUGGGAAUCCCUCCCGAUUAUGAAGACUAGACAUUAGUAGUUCUUUCAAACUCCUGAGAUCUACAGAAAUUAAUGCUUCACUUUACAGAGAACUUGAAUUCAGAUUGUAAAUAAAGCUAACAAACCAGAUUAUAGAUA